CUGAAAGUACUGCGUGAAAUUAUAUAAAAAUCUGAUUAUGUAGUAAUUUGAUGUAGGCCCAUAGAACACGCAGUGGUCUAUAUUUUUUCGUUUUUACAUAAUAAUAAAAAGCAUAUUAAAUCUCAAACGUCAAACUGUAACGUCAUGUCACGUGACCGGAAUUUUUCUGUCAGUUGACAAGCAACAACAGCGUCUUGUCCUCACUGAUCUAGUCGUUCGGAAAAGAUGGCCUACCCAAAAUCCCACAACCCAUUUGCUGAUGAUGACGAUGAGGAAGAUUUUAAGCCUAAAAAAGAUAGAGGAUUUGAUGACGAUGACUUUGGUGACAGUAGAUUAAGUGAAGCAGAGAGAAGACAAAAGUACUUAAACCAGGAAGUGAUGCGUACCGCUCAGUCUGCAGUGGACAGUACCCACCGUUCCCUUGGUCUCAUCUAUGAGUCAGAGAAGAUGGGCAUUGAGACGGCAGAGGAGCUCAUGCGUCAAGGGGAAGUUCUGAAACGGACGGACAAGAUGCUUGACAACAUGGACCAGGACCUAAAGACCAGUCAGAGGCACAUAAAUAGUAUAAAGAGUGUGUGGGGUGGAUUAGUGAAUUAUUUUAAAGGAACACCAGAGACAAAGCCACCCCUUGAGGAGCCUAAACCUUACCAAGCCAAUGACAGAUUGCAGAAUGCCUUAUCUGACAGUAGAGGCUGUGAAGAUAAGUACCAAGCUAGCCACCCCAACCUGAGAAAGGCUGAUACUGGAGGUUUUGGAGCUGCUUCAUCUACAGGUGAAAGUUCUUAUGGACAAAAUGGUUACCCUAAAAACAAAGUACUAAGAGAGGCACACCAAACCCUAGACAACAACCUAGAUGAAAUGGCAGAUGGUCUUAGAAGAUUGAAAAGUCUUGGACUGGGUCUGCAGUCUGAAAUUGAUGAUCAAGAUGACUCCAUUCAUUCUCUCAUGAAUAAGGUUGACAACAUGGAUCUAAAAAUUCAUAACACAAAUCAGCAGAUGAAAAGACUGAAAUAAAAAUAGCACUUGGACAUUUCUUGAUAAAUUCUAUCUCAUAUUGCUCACUUUUAGGCUGAUAUGUUACAUGCUUUUUUUUAUUAUUCUUAAUUUGUGUGCACAGUCAAAGGUGUGCAGUCUCAGUCCACAUAUUAGCAAACUGCCUUAAUAUAUAAUAUAAACUGAUAUGCAUUACAGUACAGGCUGCCAUGUAAUGCGUUACUUGUGUCCUUAUAGCCUGUUUUGUUAAUUAAAUUUUAUAUUUCCGUUUUUGUUUUUUUAUCAUCUUUAGAUAUUCACAGUUAAUAAACGUUGUGUUAGCUAUGUUUAGUAGCCAUAUUAUGUGAACCACCUUGUGCGAUCGUAUUGUAAAAACUAUGAGAUUAUAAAAUACAAACAUAUCAGCUCUUAAAACUGAACUAAAAUAAUCUUACUUGCUUAAACAAGUGUGUUUGUUUUUUCCCAAUGUGUAUGAAUGUGAAUUUUCCAAUAAAAUUUCAUGAUCGUGA